AUGGAUCGCUGGGCUGCCAACUCAAGUACCCUCGCCGGGCCCGCAGUGAAGCGACGCCAGGUUGGGGGUGACAAGGAAGAGCUGAUCGUGAAGGUGAUGCAGCUACUCUUGAAGAACAACUUGAAACUGGCUGCGGACGUGAGGGCCUUGCAGUCUGCGACGUUCCGCACUUGCUUGAUCCCUUCGACGGCCAGCUUUGUGGUGAAAGCCAAGGAGGCCAGCCAGAAGUACAACGAGCUUGUGCAAGCUGCUGGAAAGAACCAUGAGUAUGGCCCUCCCCAUGUCCAUGUCUGGGCAGCCAUCGCAGCUGAGGCAGCAGUGCACAUGUCUGGUGACGCACGCGCAGUUUUGGACAGACAUAUCUCUGAGAUUGAUUCGCCGGACAAAUUGCUCCAAGAUGUCCUCUACUGUCGUGUGGCUCCUGCAUAUGGCGGCAAGCAUGUGAAGAUUUAUUUGACCACUACUGAGAAACUGAGGUGGCUUGGAACGUGA